CGUAUGUGACGAAGCGAGAGGGAGAUAAAGUUGGUUACAGCUCUUGUGCUUUGGUUCAGUACACAACUGGAGGUCUUCCAGACGUGUUAACGCGCUUUAAAAAAUUAAAUUCGUAAAUUUAAUCGUGUUUUUAAUAUGGUUUAGAUAGGCGUUUUUAGAUCGAUGUCGAGUCAAGCGGAAAGUCGGUCCCCAGGCCACGUGGGACCGCAAAAUAAACGGCCCGUAAUCUUGAUUUAUCCAACUGUGUCACCGGAAACUGUAGUGGUGCCAAUAAUUUCCUGUAUCUUGGGAUUUCCUCUUCUCGCAUUGUUAGUAAUCUGUUGUUUGCGAAGAAGAGCCAAACUAGCUCGAGAACAAGCUCGCAGGCGCAACUGUGAUAUUGAACACGGUACAUUCUCUAUUGUCAGGUUCAGCCCAAUACACUAUUUAGGGCGUUCAACACGAGCUGUUUCGCUAAGAUCCGAAAGGGCAAUGAGUCGAGGUUUUCCCUCUCUAGAACUCGAUACAGUCGUUGAAGAACGUUCGGAUCCAGAACCGGAAGCUACAGUUAUUGAAAUGAUGACACCUGAUGGUGAUGAUUCAGACAGAUAGCAUAAAGAGGUGUGCGGUGCUGACAGGUAAUGACGACAAACUUUACAAUUUCUCUUUACUUGAAUUCGAGUUUAAUUUAUACAAAGUUUGUCUAAGUUGAGUUGAAUUGACGUGGGUAAGCCUCAAGCAUGAAAUUGCUUACACACUAAAACUCGAAAGGUCGCUGUAGGUAGAUGUACAUAAUAAAACUUAAUCUCAGGCAACUCUCUUAACGUUUAUUUCAGUUGAAUUAAAGCAAAAACUUUCGACGAAACACGCUUUUAUGUUUUUACGAUGGAUUCAGAAACGAAAAAGAAGAAAAACUGUGUUACAGGUCUCCCCUUUGGACAACUUUAACGCACGCACACACCUUCGCCAUUGAUACCAACAGCUGACCCGAGGAUAAUGAAAAUCCUGAUGAUCCUGUAGUACCACAAAUUAUACCCUUGCCCUUCAUUAAGGGAUAUUAACGUGAUUCCAAUUAAUAUCAAAAUUUUAAUUAAUUCCAUAGAGAGUACAAAGAUAGACGACGGCAAUUAAAACCGAAUUUCUAAAUAAACACUUGCUUUAAAACACAACAAAACCAGCUAUGAGUAUAAAUAACUUGUACAUACGUAUGCUAUAUUAUUCUUGCUUUUAGAAUUAACACAAGAAUGGAAUUUUUUAAUAGACGUGUAAUUUCCCUAAAGACUAUCCUUGGUGCCAAGUAGGAGAAAAACACGUUUUUGUACAUAAAUCUAUGUUUAGAAAAUUUUAUAUCAGACUAUGCGGACUGGAAAUCUACAAUUCCUUAAAUGUUGUCAUUUUUUUAUUUAUUUCACAUUUCUUUAUUGGCAGUUGAAUAACUAACCACAGCACUAUGGAAUUGUUAGUAAAAACUGUAUAAAAUUUACUAUUUAUUUCAAUUGUGAUGUAAUGUUUUGAGUGAAUAAAUUAUCUGGUUUCAA